AUGUUGUCACAGACCUUACUCUGUGUCCUCCUUGUCCCUGCGAUACUCUGUGACGGGGACACCUUGCCGCCAGAUCUGAAGGCGGCUCCGGAAGCGCGGGAGAACCAGCUGGAGUCUGAGAUCCUUCACCACUUCCAACACCUGACCUACGUCGCGGACUUUGUCUGCAGGGAGCCCCAGCCUAGGGUGGUUCCUGUGGAAAAGCUACUGCCCAGCUCUGUAACAUGGGGGAAGGCUUACUACCCUGACGUCACUGUCUUGCACCUGUGUGAGAACUCAGGGGCGUGCUCUUCAGGGUACCGCUGUGGCCCGUCGCACGUCAACUCUGUCCACUUGCCGUUCAAAGUAACCUAUCUGGAGGACUUGGAGUACCACAAGAAGGGUUCCUGGUCCAUGGAGUUCCAUCUGCUGGAGAACCACACCCACUGUGCCUGUGCCGAGGAACCUGCCACUGAGCGACCUAAGCCCAUCACCCUGCCUGUCACCCCUCCAAACCCACCCCCUGCUAGACCCAACAACAACAACUACAACCUCAGUUAUAACCCCAGUUACAACCCGAGCUACAACAACAACCCAUCCCAGAUAAGACCUCCUAUCCCUCCCCCUCUUAGCAGCCCACCCAAUAACAACAACCCUAGAAACCAGGAGAACCAGUAG